UGAAAAUCAAACCCUGAAGAUUCGAUGCUUCGCUGUUGUAACCUGAGCUGAACACGUUGUGUAGUUUAGUGCGAUAUUAUGCCCGAAAUAGCGGAAACCAAACAUAGUGAAUUUAGCCUUACGUAAAGCAGUAAGUUUCCGACGCAAGCAUCUCAGAGGACUACGGUUACUGUUGCAACAAGAAACGCGAUCAAUCAAAUGUCAUUUUCCGGAGGACACUUGUAGCUCAAAACUCAACCAAAAUGGCCACCUCAGUUUAUGCAACGCCACCGCCCGAUUUCAGCGGGGAAGAAGCCACCUUAAGUGAUACCUCUAACUCAUCGCAAACGAUCAGUUCCAACAAUUCAGCAACGAAAGCCUCGAAACGGUCACUGUCCUCCACAUUCCUGGAUUCACCACACGCCAUCAACACUAUCACGCAACUUAGUUCGGACAGUUUACCGGAUUUGUCGAAAAAACGACGAAAACAAUCGAUGCCCAGUCGCAUUUCAGCAAAUGGACAGGAAGGCGGCAUCCCCGUUGAUGGCGCUGACAACGAGAACGGAAAACCUGAGACUUGUGCGAUCGAAACGAUUGCCAGUGCAUUUGCGGAACAUCAAAACAACUUUCAGAAGAUAUUUCUGUCCAACCUUAGUCAAUUACAGAAACAGCAUCUCUUGCAGCAACGUUUGAAUGAUCAGCCGGAUGACGUUGCCCACGAAGAACUGAUUCUGAAUGGAUCGGAUUCUAUUAUUUCCCUUAAAAACCAGGAAAGUUUGCUCAGUCUACCGUCAACAUUGAAAGGUCUUGAAGAUAGGAAAGAGGAUUCCAAGAAUACAAGCAACAGUGACGAGCCUGAAAAGCUGAAUGGCAAUGAAGAAACCAGCUUCGACCGGAAUGAAAACGAAAUAAUCGAGCGUAGAAAUGACGAUAAAGUCGAUUCAUUCGAUAAUAACGUUGAAGCUCGAAUGGAACUACCAAACAAUGGCCACUUAGGUGAUCAAUCGCAUCGUGGAUUCACAUUCAAACGAGAAGUAUUACAAAACACUGAAUGGGACGGUGAGAUUCGUAGUUCGUUCAUUUCGAACGAAUCGAAGUCCGACGAUUGGCUGCCAAUCCCUGGAUUACCAUUCCCAUUUUCGCCAGAAGCGACUGCUGCAUUGUCCGCAUCUGGAUAUCUUCCACAGAUGCCAUUACUGGGUAUGUCCUCCGUGUCAUCGUUUGGAACGAACGACAAUGCAAAUCGUACCAAUGUACCGCCGUUGAGAAUUUUCAACCCAGAAGCGUACUGCGGUCUUUGUAAUAAGGAAUUCUGCAAUAAGUACUUUCUAAAGACACACAAAGCCAAUAAGCACGGAAUAUAUGAGCCGCAAAGCGGUACUAACGAAGCUCUGCCCAACAUUGGCUCAUUCAAUCCACUUCAUCAGUUCUCGCAAGUGUUCCAACUGCAGCAACAACAAGCUGCUCUCCAAGAACAGCAGGAACAAUCUAGUCACCAAAAUCCGAACCAAAACGCGGAUCACAUACCACAACAGCUGCCCCAAAUGCAUCCUAUGACCACCCCAAAACUGCCAAUAAACCCAAUUCAACCAACAGUAUUUUGUGACAUUUGUUUCAAAAAGUUCAGUAGUCUCAGUGCAAUGCGUAAACAUAGAAGCAAAGCUCACGACAGGUCAACAAACCAACAACAACAGCCUUCACAAUUACAACAUCAACCUUUGCAGCCAAUAUCUGAACAUAAAACGGAACCGGAGUCACCGUCGAAUCUCGGACAGAUGACGCCAAAUGGAGCACCAUUGCGGCUUCCUGAUGGCUUCCGCGAAGAUUAUUCCAUCGAACAAGAAGACGCACCUUUCACACCGCAACCGCGUCAGCUAUCGCCACUCUCGAUCCAAGCUGCCCGUGAGGCAAAUUUUUCCGCAGAAAAACUGAAGCUUCUAGGUGUGAUGAAUCCAGAAGCGUUCUGUGAAAUUUGCUGCAAAGAAUAUUGCAAUACUUAUUUCCUUCGUACCCACAAACUUAAACGCCAUGGAAUUUUCCCACCGUCGGAAGAAAUCAAGGAUGAGCAGCGCAGUCCGUGGAAUUUCAUUCAGACUAGUCCACUUAAUUUGAUUGUUGGCAAUACUGACGUAUCUGGGCUUCCACCACCAUUGAGGACUUUGUCCGAGAAUGAAGAAAAUAAUUUGCCCAAGAUAGAUCUUUUGAAAGAUGUAGAUGCAAACAAGUCUGCUGAUGAGGAACAGAAUCAGGCAGAUGUGUCAGAUGUGAAGCAGGGAGACUCGAACGCAGAACAGGAAGCAGAAGCCAUCAGCGUAGACCUGCAGAAGCUGCAAUCAAUGAUAAUGCAAUUAAAUGAUUUGAACAAUCAACGAAAGAUGACGUGUGGUGUUUGUGGGAAAGAGAUGGAAAAUCAGUACUUAUUACAUGCCCACAUGAUCCAAGAGCAUAACAAUAUGAACGAGAACAAUAAUGGAGUAAAGUCCUCUCCGGAACUAGCCCUCAUGCCAACGUCGCCCAAUGAGUAUGAAGUGUGUAAGCAAUGUGAUAAAGAGUUUUCGAACGCAUUCAUGUUGAAGCAGCACUUGAUUGAGGUUCACGGAACUGCAAAUGGAAGUCUGAAACGGGAAGGAUUUAUUACACCGGAUCGUCCCACCACUACUCCGACAUUAAGUAUGCCGCCGGGGCCGAGUUACAUUGAUAGGAAGCCAACUUUCUCGAUGACGCCCACAAGCAGCUAUUGUGAGAUAUGCAACAAAGAGCUGUGCAAUAAGUAUUUCAUGAAAACUCAUAUGCAAAGGAUGCAUGGUAUCGAGAUUGAGAAUGGGGCACAGAUUGGGGGAGUUGUGUGCAAUAUUUGCAAUAAAGAGUUAUGCAGUAAAUAUUUUCUUCGUGUUCACAAGCACAAUACGCAUGGUAUUGUUGAGGAAGGAUCUCCGCUGCCGCAAACACGAAGUAACGGCGAGUCAGCGGGGGUGAAAUCCGAGGGGCCAUUUUCUCCGGAUAGUAUGCUGAAACCAGGAGAAAUCUCGGAUGUUAGCAACCGGUAUUAUUCCCAUUUUACUGAGGUAUGUCCGUUGUGUAGUCGACGAUUCAGAAGCGCUAAAUGGCUUCGAGCUCAUCUUCUGAGUGAUCACGGCACAAUGGGUGCGGAGAAGCUUCGGGAAAUUGAACACAAACUGGGAAGUGGCAACAAGCCUAAUAGUCCAUCUUUGAAGAUACCCAAUGGAGGUCUGCAAAUUAAUACCGCUGAACAGAAAUUCAAUCCGAAAGCAUCUUUUGGAUUUCAAUCGCCGGGUGCAAAGUUUCUCAUGAAAAAUCCGUUCUGUGGUUUGUUUGGAGUAGAUCCUUCAAAUUCCAAUGUUGGUCCGAAAGGCUACCAAUGUUCGUACUGUCCGUUUGCAACCCCACUGCUUCCAUUGUUGUUCAUCCACGAAAGAACUCACACAAGCUUGGAUAUUGUACAACAGCAGCUGCUACAGGAAGAGGAAAAGCAGCAGCAUCAGGAUUCUUCUCCGCCGUCACUUGUCAUCAAAUCGGAAUCGGCUGUAUCGUUGGCGAGAGACGUCAGCAGCUAUUCGAUUCCGACAUCAAUCCCAUCAACUGUAACACCUUCGUUGACGCCAGCUUCCACUCCUGUUCCAUCUGCAACGCAAGAACCACUGAACUUGCAACCUUCGACGGCACAGCAGCCCUUCGAUCGUGAUUCACCACCCGCACCAUCACAGGAUUCGCACAAAUCUCCGACCCCGAAAUCCGAACGUAAUGGACUUCUUUCGGAGAUGGCUAACCUCACUCAACGGCCAGCCGUAUAUGCUUUGCCUCAGCAAAGUGGACCGUUGCUGAUGCAGUCUUUCCUCCUGGAGGAGUCGGUUGCCGGGCACCCGAAGAAUCCAGAAGAGCAGCCACCUGCAAACAGGUUUGUACCAGCUGUUGUUUUCCUACCUGUUAAAGAACGUAUCCUCGCACCGAUGACAAUAUCGUUCACGCUGAGCCCUGCCUAGUGGAAGGGUUCGCGAACCAGAAUAGCAGCAUGAUUAGUUUUUGUUCCGUUCUUUUGAAAUUCAUUCAUCGGGGACCGAGGGAACCGAGAAGCAUCUGCAUGAGCAAGCUCUUGGUUCUAAAAUAAAUCCACACGGAAAGUAACGAAAAGAAGAUGGCAAAUCCGCAAAUACGUACACAUUAAUCCGAGAUGGUAGUGAAUACUCGGAGCAAAAAAAAAGAAGAAUAACAUUAAUUCUACUUAGAAGAAGCGCAAAGAGAAAAAAAUCAAAAUGUAUUAAUAUUUGAACACCGUAGAUGUAUCGUUGUGUAGUGUCUAUUGCUAAAUAAAAGGGAGUGCAUGUAUGGCGAGAGCAGGUAAACCCUUGGCACGGUGCAGCAGUUGCAAAUUGAUGCGAAGAAAGCAGGGAACAAAGAACGUACCGGAAUGAGCUUUAGCACCGUUUACAUGAGAAUCUAAUACAGUUAAAUACCGUUGAAAAGAGACAUUAUCAUCAAAUUUUCCUUUGCUUAUGCCGAUUGAAAUAAAUCUUCUAAAUUUUAAAGACUAACAAAUUGGCCACAGUCCGAUAAUUUCAAGUGAUUUAUCGCUGAUUUUUGUACGUAGUUUCGUCCUAGGAAUGCUUAAUGUAGAAAAAAGGCUGGGUUAGGAAA